AUGGCUCCCAGCAACACCCUCAUGAUCCACAUGGAGGAGAAACUGCUGCCAAAGGAAAAGAAUAAACUGAGGAAGCCGGUGGUGGAGAAAAUGCGCCGGGACCGGAUUAACAGCAGCAUCGAGCAGCUGAAACUGCUCCUGGAGAAGGAGUUCCAGAGGCACCAGCCCAACUCCAAGCUGGAGAAAGCCGACAUCCUGGAGGUGGCUGUCAGCUACCUGAAGCAGCAGAGCCAGCUGCAGGAGCAAACAUUCGCCCCCAAGAGCCCCGAGCAGGACUUUAACAGCGGGUACCUGCGGUGCCUCAAGGAGGCCAUGCACUUUCUGUCCUACUACGAGCCCAAGAAGGAGACCCAGGUCCAGCUCAUCAAGCACUUCUGCAAAGCCCAGCUGGGCUCAGAGCCCUCGUACUCCCCGGCCCUGCGCAGCUCCCCCCUGUCUCCCUGUGUGCUCCCCAGAAAACAGCCUGCCCAGAAGAGCCUGCCUGCUGCUCCCACCAUCUGGAGGCCCUGGUAG